UGUGCAGAUUGAGGAGAUCGAAGCGUCUCCGAAUUGCCCUGGAAACGGGUGCGUGGGCGUCUUAGCCAGAGGUUUAAGAAGCCCAGCUGGAGCGCGACUGGCGUUGAUCGCUGGAAGCCGCGGCUGCGGAGAGCAGCCCGAUCUCGAGCACCGUGCGGUUCACCCAGGAACACCUUUUAUUUCUCCGAUACUGGUUGCCCUCCUGUCGCCUGUCGGUGGCACUGUCGUAAAUACCCGGACAGCUCAUAGAUGAGUGUGGAGUAAGAUAUUGGCAACGCAUAUAACCUGACGGUCGACAUUAGGCCGCACACUGUGCCGGGCAAUGGCACAUGUUUUGUCGGGCUGAGGAGAGGAACUGCCCGAACGCAACAGCCAAAAUGACCGACCUGUUUCCAAACGCAACCCUGGCUGCUCCCACAGGAUGGGAUUCGAGCUCUGACGGUCCUCACAAUGCGACAUUUCUACUGAACUCCUCCAGCUACGGGAACCACACCAACCGCCUCUUCGCCUUCCCUGGGUUCGAGUACCCCACCUCCGCUGAAACUACCGUCAAGAUUCUCGUCUACGCCCUGGUGUUUUUGAUAGCUCUUCUCGGCAACGCCACAGUCAUCUGUAUCGUCGUCGCCACCAAGACGAUGUGGACGCCGACCAACUUCUACAUCAUGAACCUGGCCGUGGCCGACCUGCUCAUCGCCAUGUUCUGCAUGUGGAUCCAUCUGGUGCAUGACCAGACCGCCAACUGGAUAUUCGGUGACUUCAUGUGCCGAUUCAACACCUUCAUUCAAGGUGUGUCGGUAGUAUCCAGCAUCCUGACGAUGGUAGUCAUCGCCAUGGACCGUUUCUUCGCUAUCAUCUUCCCGCUGAAGGCGCGGGUCACCGACACCAACGCUGCCGUGGUGGUGGCCAUGAUCUGGGCAGGCUCCAUCGCAACCAACAUCCCACUCUUGGUAGUUAUGGAGCAGCGGGAGCAUACCUGGAGCGACGGCGUUCGUGAGGUGUGGUGCCGAGAGAGCUGGCCUGACUAUGAGCGGCAGCGCGCAGACUACACCAUCUUCCUCUUCGUCGUCAUCUACACCCUGCCUCUCCUCAUCAUCUCCGGAGCCUACGCCAUGAUCGCCAAGACGCUGUGGAACAAGAAGACUCCCGGGGUCACCAUCGUGGCCACGGAAUCCGCGCAGGCAAAAACCAAGCGAAAGGUCAUCCGCAUGAUGGUUGUUGUAGUUCUGGCGUUCUUCAUCUGCUGGACUCCCUACCAGAUUCUACAGCUCUACAUCGAGUUCACCGACGGCGAAAAGCAUCCGUCCUGGUUUCCGGACCUGCGCUACGCUGUGGUGGUGCUAGGAUACGCCAACUCUGCCUGCAACCCCAUCAUCUACAACGGCUUCAGCGAGAACUUCCGCAAGGGGUUCUGGAACGUCCUGAAACUGAGGUGCCUACGGCGCAACCGCGUGGAACCCGGGGUGCCACCCAACCAGAACGAGGCUGACAAUGGCCGCCACGACCUGCAGCUGCGCAUUCGAACCGUGGAGACCGUCUCUGCGCAUGUGUAGGCGUUCACGUUUGCACUGAUAAUGCCACGAUACGCCUGACGGGGUGACCUCAAAGAUAAUGGCUUUCAGAUCGGCAAACUAUCUCAAUGCUACAGCUGCAUCACCAAACUCACAGUAAAAAAACAUAACACGUUUUGCCAAAGGUUGUGAGAAAGUCUCUUAAAGCGCCUUCAUUCAUUCAGUCCUAAAUGCAUACAGAUUGAGAUAGAAGACCCGCAAUCCAAUAGGGUCAGUGCUAUAGCCUUUUAUCUUUGACUAAGUACUGCGAGACAUUGGCACCUCAGAGAUUCCAUUUGGAAUCUUUAAAAAUGGCACAUUGUAACAUAAUUAAGUCAUGCAUUGCGUACACAAAAUACAUAAAACCCAAAGACGUAUAAAUAUUCGAAAUGAUUUAACUUCACAUGGGCGUUGUGAAAUUGAACAAUACUUCUAAUCAGUUUCAUUACCCUUCUAAUUCAGAAAAUAUCCAGGGUUAAGAAAUACCUCCGAAACCAUGCUCGGCAAUAGACUUGAGCAUGCCAUAUUAGUAUUUACCUAAACAUUCAAUUUAGAAGAUGUUUUUAUCUAUUGCACUGAUCUGAUUCUUCAUAUUCCUAUUCUGCCCAAAUAAGUAUUGAUACUAAUACAUCCAUUUAACAUUCUUAAACUUGUAUCCAUAGGAGACAUUUCUGAUGGUAACAUAUAAUGUAAGACAUAUCAAUCAGUAUUAAAUGAGCAUUAUCGGGUAUUCAUAAUAAACCAUUACUACAAUCUAUCUGCACAUCUAAGAUUAAAAAGACCGUGAUGUGAUAUUUGUAACAAUAUUGUUAUCAACGUUAAAGGCAAAAUAACAACAUAGUAUAUUUAACUCAUCAAUCCUUAGCUUGUAAAUAUCCUGCAUUUAAUGAAGUAGACGUUUAUUGUUUAUUUCAAACUGUACAUAUAAUAAGAUGUUAUCAUCAUGAAGAAAUAAUCUUGACAUAAC